CAGUUUUCCAACUCCUAAUGACAACCAAAAGCUAGAGCUUCAACAGUUCCAUGAAUAACGUGAAAGAGUUGUCCUCCGAACUCAAGAUUAAGGACGCUUGGCAUAUGCCGCUAAAGCAAGAGGUGACUUCUCGUAUCUUCCCCCAUCCCCUGGAACAUUGGUGGUCUAGUCCAUUCCACAGACUUUCGAGUCCUUGCAGCGGGUCGGGGAUCGAAGGAUUGGGCCGAUUGCGGCUGAAACGUCUUUGGAAGGAGGAAGGGGGUGAGGGGGCAUCCCUUUGAGUUCCGCUCCUCCUUUUUCGAGGCGGCAGUAGGGAAAGGACGUACGAAAUACUGCUCUCGAAAGCUAACGGAUCUUCACCUCUCCGUGCAAACUGCCGGGAGGGCGGCGGGAAAAGGGCAAGACGGGAGCAGGGAAAGGGAAAGAGCCAGGAAGCUGCGCGGGAGGGCGCGCACGCGCGCCCCUUUUUCAGCAGUGUGGCGGGGUCGCACGCACGCCCGCCUCGGCGGCUGGGCGCGGUUUGCGACAGUGGGGGGAGCGGUGGAGGUGGCGGCGGCAGUGGCAACUUUGCGGCAGGCUCCGGCCGGGCUUGCUUGACGGCGGUGUGGCGGAGGCCCCGCCCUAGGCGGCAGGAACCUGGAGGGAGGCGGAGGAAUAUGUCCGAGAGGGAAGUGUCGACAGCGCCGGCGGGAACAGACAUGCCUGCGGCCAAGAAGCAGAAGCUGAGCAGCGACGAGAACAGCAACCCCGACCUCUCUGGAGACGAGAAUGAUGAUGCUGUCAGUAUAGAAAGUGGUACAAACACUGAACGCCCUGAUACACCUACAAAUACACCAAAUGCUCCUGGAAGGAAAAGUUGGGGGAAGGGAAAAUGGAAGUCAAAGAAAUGCAAAUAUUCUUUCAAGUGUGUAAAUAGUCUCAAGGAAGAUCAUAAUCAACCAUUGUUUGGAGUACAAUUUAACUGGCACAGUAAAGAAGGAGAUCCGUUAGUGUUUGCAACUGUAGGAAGCAACAGAGUUACCUUAUAUGAAUGUCACUCACAAGGAGAAAUCCGGUUGUUGCAAUCUUAUGUGGAUGCUGAUGCUGAUGAAAACUUCUAUACUUGUGCAUGGACAUAUGAUAGCAAUACAAGCCAUCCUUUGCUGGCUGUGGCCGGAUCUAGAGGCAUAAUUAGGAUAAUUAAUCCCAUAACAAUGCAGUGCAUAAAGCAUUAUGUUGGCCAUGGAAAUGCUAUCAAUGAGCUGAAAUUCCACCCAAGAGAUCCAAAUCUUCUCCUGUCAGUAAGUAAAGAUCAUGCUUUACGAUUAUGGAAUAUCCAAACAGACACUCUGGUGGCAAUAUUUGGAGGCGUAGAAGGGCACAGAGAUGAAGUUCUAAGUGCUGAUUAUGAUCUUUUGGGUGAAAAAAUAAUGUCCUGUGGUAUGGAUCACUCUCUUAAACUUUGGAGGAUCAAUUCAAAGAGAAUGAUGAAUGCAAUUAAAGAAUCUUAUGAUUAUAACCCAAAUAAAACUAACAGGCCAUUUAUUUCUCAGAAAAUUCACUUUCCUGACUUUUCCACCAGAGACAUACAUAGGAAUUAUGUCGAUUGUGUGCGAUGGUUAGGUGAUUUGAUACUUUCCAAGAGUGGCCGUGCCAUUUUACAUUCCCACCAGCAAUGUAUGAAAGAUCCAGUGUCUCCGAAUCUUCGCCGGCAUUUGUCUUGUGAAAAUGCCAUUGUGUGCUGGAAACCUGGUAAAAUGGAAGAUGAUAUAGACAAAAUUAAACCCAGUGAGUCUAAUGUGACUAUUCUCGGGCGAUUCGAUUACAGCCAGUGUGACAUUUGGUACAUGAGGUUUUCUAUGGAUUUCUGGCAAAAGAUGCUUGCAUUGGGCAAUCAGGUUGGCAAACUUUAUGUUUGGGAUUUAGAAGUAGAAGAUCCUCAUAAAGCCAAAUGUACAACACUGACUCAUCAUAAAUGUGGUGCUGCUAUUCGACAAACCAGUUUUAGCAGGGAUAGCAGUAUUCUUAUAGCUGUUUGUGAUGAUGCCAGUAUUUGGCGCUGGGACCGACUUCGAUAAAAUACUUUUUCCUAAUCAAAAUUAGAGCGUGUUUUCUGUGUAUAAUAGAUUAAUGUAUCUUGCUAGUAAGGGCACAUAGAGCAUUUAGAGUUGUCUUUCAGCAUUCAAUCAGGCUGAGCUGAAUGUAGUGAUGUUUACAUUGUUUACAUUCUUUGUACUGUCUCCUGCUCAGACUCUACUGCUUUUAAUAAAAAUUUAUUUUUGUAAA